UAGGCCCAGGCUGGGAGGUGGCUAGCCUUCCCCAGGCUCUGAGGAGCCACCGCUGCCUUCAUCUGUCCUGCUACUGGGUGUUAUUAUCAGCCCCCCAACUGCCCACCGCGUGCCAUGCCUGAGGAGACCCAAGAAGCAGACACCGUGGCACUGACACCGAACCCCAGGAGCAGGGCGCCACUGGCCCCCAACCACAUACAGGAAGUGCGCCUGCACCAGGUGGAGUCCAUCAGCGACCUCCACGGCGGAGGUUCGCUGCGCCCCUACCCGGCCGAGGCGGCGCAGCCGUGGGACGAGCUCCUGGGCAUCUUGCCACCAUCACUGUGCGCCCAGGCUGGCUGCAGCCCCGGGCAAGGCAGGGGAGGCGUCCUGGUGCUGCUGGCUCUGCUGGCGCUCAGCUGCCUGGCGCUCGCCAUCCUGGCUGUCUACCUGAGCGUUCUGCAGAGUGAGUCCCUCCGCAUGCUGGCGUACACACUGCACACCCAGGAGGAGACGCUACUCAAACUCCGGCUUGCCAGCCUCAGCCAGCUGCGGAGGCUCAACUCCAGUGAGGCCCAAGCACCCAGCUGAGAUACCACUUGGACCCGGGGCUUAGGGGUGUGUGUGUGGGGGGGGGGGCGCGGGAAUAAAGUGGCCAAGGCAGGUUUCUCCUUA